CGUGGGUGUCAGCGCACAGUGGAGUGUGGUGGCAGGGUGGAGUGUGGAAACGCGCCUGGCUCCGGCUGCAGCGCUGUUUCUACUGUGGUAGAUCCGGCCAGGUUCCGGGAGGCGAGGGCCUGGCGGGGCGGCUGCAGCACCCGCACGGGAGCCCAGCGCUCACCGACUCCGGGGGACCCGCUCUCCUCAGGUCACCGCUUCUUCCUCCUGACCCUCUCCAGGCAAGGCGAGGGCGGUUGCUGUAGUCGGGAAGUCGUGGCUGGAGCCGGGAGACCGCUGGAGUGUUCCGUGCCGCCUCUUUGGUGGGAUUCUGACGUUGGCUCCUAGCGUGAAAAUAUGCUGGAGUCCUAUGUAACUCCAAUUUUAAUGAGCUAUGUGAAUCGCUACAUCAAGAACUUAAAGCCUUCCGAUCUGCAGCUUUCACUAUGGGGUGGAGACGUGGUUUUGAGCAAGCUCGAGUUAAAGUUGGAUGUCCUGGAACAGGAACUGAAAUUACCAUUCACAUUUUUAAGUGGACAUAUUCAUGAAUUGAGGAUUCAUGUACCAUGGACAAAACUGGGUUCAGAACCAGUGGUAAUUACCAUCAAUACAAUGGAAUGCAUUUUGAAACUUAAGGAUGGAAUGCAGGAUGACCAUGAAAGCUGUGGUUCUAAUUCCACCAACCGCAGUGUUAAUGAGAGCACAAAAUCAUCAAUAAAACCCCGAAGAAUUCAGCAGGCUGCUCCUACAGAUCCCGAUUUACCACCAGGUUAUGUGCAGAGUCUGAUUAGACGAGUUGUAAAUAAUGUAAACAUUGUUAUAAAUAAUCUCAUUUUAAAAUAUGUUGAAGAUGAUAUUGUUCUUUCAGUCAAUAUUACUUCAGCAGAAUGCUAUACAGUAGGUGAAUUAUGGGAUCGUGCAUUCAUGGAUAUUUCUGCAACUGAUCUGGUGUUGAGAAAGGUUAUCAAUUUUUCUGACUGUACCGUUUGUCUUGAUAAACGAAAUGCCAGUGGUAAAAUAGAAUUUUACCAAGAUCCUUUGUUAUACAAAUGUUCCUUCAGGACUCGUCUGCAUUUUACAUAUGAUAACCUAAAUUCCAAGAUGCCCUCUGUUAUUAAAAUUCAUACCUUAGUGGAGAGUUUGAAACUUUCUAUCACUGAUCAACAACUCCCUAUGUUUAUCCGCAUAAUGCAACUUGGGAUUGCUCUUUACUAUGGAGAAAUAGGCAAUUUUAAAGAUGGAGAAACAGAAGAUCCUACUUGUCACAAUAAAGAUAUGUUAGGAAACAUUUCGGAUACUGAUGAUGAAACAAGAAUAGAUAUGCAGUAUCCUGCUCAGUACAAAGGCCAAGAAUUGUAUCCACAACAAGAGGAUGAACAGCCACAGGGAUGGGUAUCAUGGGCCUGGUCAUUCGUACCUGCAAUUGUGAGUUAUGACGAUGGUGAAGAAGACUAUCUUGGUAAUGAUCCUGCAUCAACCAUGCAUCAGCAAAAAGCACAGACUUUGAAGGAUCCUAUUGUUUCUAUAGGAUUUUACUGCACAAAGGCAACUGUGACUUUUAAGCUCACUGAAAUGCAAGCUGAGAAUAGUUAUUACAGUCCCCAGAAAGUAAAAUCUAAAGAAGUAUUGUGUUGGGAACAAGAAGGAACUACAGUUGAGGCGCUUAUGAUGGGAGAGCCUUUCUUUGACUGCCAGAUUGGGUUUGUAGGUUGCAGAGCCAUGUGCCUUAAAGGAAUUAUGGGUGUAAAAGAUUUUGAAGAGAAUAUGAAUAGAAGUGAAACUGAAGCCUGUUUCUUCAUUUGUGGUGAAAAUUUGAGUACAAAAGGUUUGACGUAUCUUACAAAUUCUUUAUUUGAUUACCGGAGCCCAGAAAAUAAUGGUACUCGUGCAGAAUUUAUCUUGGAUGCAGCUCAUCAUAAGGAGACGUACACUGAGAUAGCUGGAAUGCAAAGAUUUGGGGCUUUUUACAUGGAUUACCUGUAUACAAUGGAGAAUACCAGUGGCAAAGGUUCUACAAAUCAACAAGACUUUUCCUCAGGGAAAAGUGAAGAUGUGGGAAUAGUCCAAGAGAAGUCUACGAAAAGCCUUGUUAUAGGUCCCCUUGACUUGCGCUUGGAUAGCAGUGCAGUACAUAGGAUUUUGAAAAUGAUUGUUUGUGCUUUGGAACAUGAAUAUGAGCCAUAUAGUAGGCUAAAACCAGAUAUGAAGGAUGAAAAUGAAAGAAUACUGAAUCCUGAAGAAGUGGCUUCUCUGGAGGAAUAUAUUCCUACUCGACAUACAACUAUUACUCUCCUCAGAUGUACCUGUACAAUCUUCAUGGCUGAAUUCAACUUGUUGGACCACUUGAUACCUGUCAUUAUGGGAGAAAAGACCUCAAGUAACUUCAUGAAUGCUACAAAUUUCCAGUCUCUUCGACCUUUGCCGUCCAUUCAGAUACUCGUGGAUAAAGUUAAUCUGGAACAUUCCGUGCCAAUGUAUGCAGAACAGUUGGUGCAUGUGGUCAGCAGCCUUACUCAGCCUUCGGAUAAUCUGCUUCAUUAUUGCUAUGUGCACUGUUACCUUAAGAUAUUCGGUUUCCAGGCAGGACUAACGUCUUUGGAUUGUAGUGGAUCUUAUUGCUUACCUGUACCGAUUAUUCCCUCUUUCAGUACUGCUCUUUAUGGUAAACUUCUGAAACUCCCCACAUGCUGGUCUAAAAGAUCUCAGAUUGCUAUAACUGAAGGUAUAUUUGAACUUCCGAAUCUUACAAUUCAAGCUACAAGAGCACAGACACUUCUGCUGCAAGCAAUCUAUCAAAGUUGGUCUCAUAUUGGAAAUGUCAGCUGUUCAGCAGUGAAUGAAGCUUUGAUGAAUGAAGUCUUCCAAAGUAUAGGUGUGAAAUCUAAGAAUCCCCUGCCAACUCUUGAGGGCUCUAUCCAGAAUGUUGAAUUGAAGUACUGCAGCACAUCAUUGGUCAAAUGUGCCUCUGGGACCGUGGGAUCAAUAAAAAUUUGUGCCAAAGCCCCAGGUGACAGUGGAAAAGAGAAAUUGAUUCCUUUGCUUCAAGGUCCUUCUGACACGAAAGACCUUCACAGCACAAAGUGGCUAAAUGAGAGUAGAAAGCCAGAAUCCCUCUUAGCUCCAGAUUUGAUAGCCUUCACAAUCCAAGUUCCACAGUGUAUGGACUACUGCCACAAUUCUGGUGCAGUACUCCUUUGUAAUGUACAAGGAUUGGCAGUUAAUAUUGACCCAGUCUUAUAUACAUGGCUUAUUUAUCUGCCUCAGAAACGAACAAGCAGACAUAUGCCUCAGCAGCCUGUGGUAGCUGUUCCUCUUGUUAUGCCAAUUAAUAGAAGGAAAGAAGAUGAGGUGUCUGUUGGAAGUGCACCCUUGGCAAAGCAGCAGUCGUAUCAGGCCUCUGAAUAUGCCAGCAGUCCUAUAAAAACGAAAACAGUAACAGAAUCCCGACCAUUGUCAGUUCCUGUGAAAGCCAUGCUGAGUGUAUCCAAAGGCUGUAGAAGUCCAGAAGAAAGAAUGAAAGAAUUUAUUGGAAUCAUAUGGAAUGCAGUAAAGAGACUCACACUACAGCUUGAAGUACAGUCUUGUUGUGUGUUCAUUCCAAAUGAUAGCCUGCCUUCUCCAAGUACAAUUGUGUCCGGUGAUAUUCCUGGAACAGUAAGAAGUUGGUACCAUGGACAAACCAGCAUGCCAGGAACACUUGUUCUCUGUUUGCCUCAAAUAAAGAUUAUUAGUGCUGGUCACAAGUAUAUGGAGCCUCUGCAGGAGAUUCCGUUUGUCAUACCACGACCCAUCCUCGAAGAAGGUGAUGCUUUUCCUUGGACCAUCAACUUGCAUCAUUUUAGCAUAUAUACCCUCCUUGGAAAACAAGUGACUCUUUCUUUAGUGGAGCCUAUGGGCUGUACCUCUACCCUAGCUGUCACAUCUCAGAAACUCCUCGCUACGGGACCUGAUACUAGACAUUCAUUUGUUGUCUGUCUUCAUGUUGACCUAGAAUCACUGGAGAUAAAGUGCUCUAAUCCCCAGGUCCAGCUCUUCUAUGAGCUAACUGAUACCAUGAAUAAGGUCUGGAAUAAGAUUCAGAAGAGAGGCAAUCUCAAUCUUUCUUCAACCUAUCCAGAGACAAUUGCCGGGCCUGUCCCUAAUUCUCCAGUUAGAAGCAGUGUAGGCACAGCUCCUCCGGAUACUAGCACAUGCAGCCCAUCUGCUGACAUUGGGACUACUACUGAGGGAGACUCUAUACAAGCAGGAGAUGAUUCACCAUUCUCAGAUUCUGUUACCUUGGAGCAAACUACCAGUAACAGGUGGAUGCAGUGGGUACUCCCCAAAAUUACUAUCAAGCUGUUUGCUGCAGAUCCUGACAAUAAAGGCACAGAGGUUUGUAUGGUCAGUGAACUAGAGGAUCUCAGUGCUUCCAUAGAUGUCCAGGACGUAUAUACUAAAGUGAAAUGUAAAAUUGAGAGUUUCAAUAUUGAUCAUUAUCGAAGCAGGCCAGGGGAAGGUUGGCAGUCAGGACAUUUUGAAGGAGUAUUUCUACAGUGCAAAGAAAAACCUGUGACAACUACAAAACUUCUAGAUGGCUCUCAUCAGCAGCAUGGAUUUCUCUCUCUGACAUAUACAAAAGCUGUAACGAAAAAUGUCCGCCACAAGUUAACAUCGAGAAACGAACGAAGAUGCUUUCAUAAAUUAUCUGAAGGUUUAACAGACGGUUCCCCUCAUUUUCUUCAUGAAAUUCUUCUUUCAGCACAAGCCUUUGAUAUUGUCCUUUGUUUUCCUUUACUUAAUGCCAUUGCAAGUAUAUUUCAAGCAAAACUACCAAGAACCCAAAAGGAGAAAAGAAAGUCUCCUGGUCUUCCCAUGAGGACCCACACAUUGACUUCUCACAGUUUACCGUUGAUUUAUAUCAACACAAGUGUGAUCAGAGUUUUUGUUCCAAAAACAGAAGAAAUGCAGCCAGCUGUUGAAGUGAAUCAAGAAGCCAAAGAAGACACCAUGGUUUUGAAGAUCGGCUCUGUUGCCAUGGCACCCCAGGCUGACAAUCCCCUUGGCAGAUCUGUCCUCAGGAAAGAUAUUUACCAAAGAGCCUUGAAUUUAGGAAUUCUUCGAGAUCCUGGGUCAGAAAUUGAAGACAGACAGUAUCAAAUAGAUCUGCAAUCCAUCAACAUUGGUACUGCACAGUGGGAUCAACUGAAACCAGAGAAGGAAAGUGGCACAGGAGGGGCACUACCAGAGAGUGAAAGGAACUCCCAAAAUCCAGCCCUCGAGUGGAAUAUGGCCAGCAGCAUACGGCGGCAUCAAGAAAGGAGAGCAAUUCUUACCCCCAUUUUGACAGAUUUUUCUGUCCGGAUAACUGGAGCACCUGCCAUCACUUUCACCAAAAUAAUUUCUCCUGAAAAUCUGCAUACAGAGGAGAUUUUAGUGUGUGGCCAUUCCUUGGAAGUGAAUAUAACCACAAAUCUGGACUUCUUCCUAAAUGUGGCUCAAGUUCAACUCUUACAUCAGUUAAUAGUAGCAAAUAUGACUGGACUGGAACCAUCAAACAAGACCACAGAGAUUUCUAAACAAGAACAGAAAAAAAUGGAUACAUGUGAUGGAGGCGUGGCUGAAACCUCAUCUCGGUACAGUGGUGCUCAGGAUAGUGGAAUUGGCAGUGACAGUGUUAAAAUCAGAAUAGUACAAAUAGAGCAACACAGUGGGGCCAGUCAGCACCGCAUUGCCCGUCCUUCACGCCAGUCAUCAAUUGUAAAAAAUCUAAAUUUUAUUCCCUUUGACAUAUUUAUUACUGCAAGUCGAAUCUCACUAAUGACCUAUUCCUGUACGGCAUUACCCAAACCGAAAUCACCAGAACAGAAGGAUGAUGAAAAAACAGACAAGAGUUCAUCAGAUCUCCCAGAAGUUGAUUCCGAAGUUAUGAAGCCCAGCCAAGCAUGUAUUUCCACCAUGACAGCAGAAGAUCUCUUGAGCAGCAGCGUAUCUUUUCCAUCAGGGAAAAAAAUAGGUAUCCUCUCUCUGGAAAGUCUGCACGCAUCCACAAGGUCAUCUGCUAGACAAGCGCUUGGUAUCACUAUCGUACGGCAGCCUGGUCGAAGAGGAACCGGUGACUUAGAGCUAGAACCUUUCCUGUACUUCGUUGUGUCCCAGCCUUCCUUGCUUCUGAGUUGUCACCACAGAAAGCAGCGAGUGGAAAUAUCUAUUUUUGAUGCUGUCCUGAAAGGGGUAGCCUCUGAUUACAAAUGCACAGAUCCUGGGAAGACCCUGCCGGAAGCCCUUGAUUACAGCACUGUGUGGCUGCAGACAGUACCUGGAGAAGUAGACAGUAAAAGUGGGAUCCCACCUUCCCUCAUCACGUUGCAAAUCAAAGACUUCCUCAACGGACCAGCCGACAUCAACUUGGAUAUAUCAAAGCCUUUGAAAGCAAACCUGAGUUUUACCAAACUGCACCAAAUGAACCACUUUUUAAAGAAGGUAAAAUGUGCACAUGGCCUUGCACAUAGCAAAGAGACUUCCGACACCACGGGGAAUAAGGAUGAUCUCCUAGUCUCCAAAGGUUACCGUGCAAAGUUGUCCAAACCUAAAGUUCAUGGAGAUGGAGUGCCGAAGGUUUCUGUUCAGGAAAACAUAUGGAGAGCUAUUUCCUCCUUUCAAAAAAUUUCUGCCCAUACCACGCAGAUUGUGGUCUCCAUGGAAACUGUUCCCCAUCCUAGUAAGCCAUGCCUGUUAGCAUCUCUAUCAAACCUCAGUGGAAGCCUUCAUGUCAAAGCAGCACAAAAAGUACCUGGCAUAAUUCUUGGAUCAUCAUUUCAACUCAGCAUAAAUGAUUUUCUCCUUAAAACAAGUCUCAAUGAAAGAAGUCGGAUUUUGGUAGGACCAUGUUGUGCCACUGCCAAUCUGGAAGCUAGAUGGUGUAAACACAGUGGCAACCAAGGUCCAGAACAUUCCAUACCAAAAAUAUCCAUCGAUUUAAGAGGUGGUCUGCUACAGGUCUUCUGGGGUCAAGAACAUUUGAAUUGUAUAGUUCUUCUGCAUGAAUUACUCAGUGAUUACCUCAAGAAAAAUGGAAAUGUACACAUCUCUGAACCCAUGCCUCAAAUGUCAUCUCCUGUGGAAAAGAACCAGACUUUCAAAAGUGAACAGAGUUCAGACGACCUACGCACGGGUCUGUUUCAGUAUAUACAAGAUGCUGAACCUUUGAAACUACCUGGUGUCUAUGAAGUCUUGUUCUGUAAUGAAACUGAAGAUAGCCCAGGGAUGAUGCUGUGGAGAUACCCGGAACCUAGAGUGCUUACCCUUGUCCGGAUAACUCCUGUGCCUUUCAACACCACAGAGGAUCCAGACAUUAGCACAGCAGACCUCGGAGAUGUGCUUCAGGUUCCUUGUAGUUUGGAAUACUGGGAUGAACUCCAGAAAGUUUUUGUGGCAUUUCGAGAAUUUAGUCUGUCUGAAAGCAAAGUUUGUGAACUGCAGCUACCAGAUAUUAAUCUGGUGAAAGACCAGAAGAAACUGGUCUCUUCAGAUCUUUGGAGAAUUGUAUUGAACAGCAAUCAAAAUGGAGCUGAUGACCAAAGCUCUGCAAGUGAAUCUGGUUCUCAAAGCACUUGUGAUCAACUUGUAACUCCAACAGCCCUGGCUGCCUGUACCAGAGUCGAUUCCUGUUUUACUCCAUGGUUUGUCCCGUCUCUUUGCAUUUCCUUACAGUUUGCUUACCUGGAAUUCCAUCUUUGUCAUCACCUUGAUCAACUGGGCACAGCCUCACCGCAGUACCUACAACCAUUCAUUUCUGAUAAAAACGUGCCGUCUGAAUUAGAAUAUAUGAUUGUGUCCUUCAGAGAGCCACACAUGUAUCUUAGACAAUGGAGCAAUGAUUCCAUGAGUCAGGAAAUCCGGUUCUCGGCUCAGGCUGACUGUAGGCUGCUGGAGUGCAGAAAUGUUACGAUGCAAAGCGUGGUGAAGCCCUUUGGCCUCUCUGCACAGAUCGCAGUCUCCAACCAUGUGACAGCAAAGCUGCUGGACUGCACCGUGAUGAUGGACUCCGUAUUUGUAAACUUUGGACAGCAUGUAGUUCAUUCUCUAAACACUGCGAUACAAGCUUGGCAACAGAACAAAUGCCCUGAGGCGGAGGAGUUGGUCUUCAGCCAUUUCGUGAUCUGUAAUGACACACAGGAGACACUGCGCUUUGGCCAGGUGGACACCGACGAAAACAUCGUGCUGCCGAGCCUCCGCAGCCACCAGUACAGCUGGCGCGCCCACAAGUCCCCACAGCUGCUGCACAUCUGUAUUGAAGGUUGGGGCAACUGGCGAUGGUCAGAGCCCUUCAGCGUGGACCAUGCCGGAACUUUUAUUAGAACAAUUCAGUACAAGGGCCGAACUGCUUCACUCAUCAUCAAGGUUCAGCAACUCACUGCAGUGCAGAAACAGAUUAUCAUCUGUGGGAGGCAGAUCAUCUGUAGUUAUUUGUCUCAAAGCAUAGAACUGAAAGUCGUUCAGCAUUACAUUGCUCAAGAUGGACAGGCUGUGGUUCGAGAACAUUUUGACUGCCUCAUGGCCAAACAGAAACUGCCUUCCUAUGUCCUGGAAAACAACGAGCUGACAGAGCUGUGUGUGAAGGCCAAAGGAGAUGAGGACUGGUCAAGGGACGUGUGCCUGGAAUCCAAAGCCCCUGAGGAUAGCAUUGUCAUUCAGGUGCCAUCUUCAAACGGCUCCAUUAUUUAUGUGUGGUGCACAGUUUUGACUUUAGAACCCAACUCUCAAGUACAGCAACGAAUGAUUGUGUUCAGCCCUCUGUUUAUCAUGAGGAGUCAUCUUCCAGACCCCAUUAUCAUACAUUUGGAGAAAAGGAGUUUGGGAUUGAGCGAAUCACAAGUUAUUCCAGGAAAGGGCCAGGAAAAAGCACUGCAGAACAUAGAACCCGACCUUGUGCAUCACCUGACAUUCCAAGCAAGAGAAGAAUAUGAUCCUUCAGAUUGUGCAGUUCCCAUCUCAACAUCCCUCAUUAAGCAAAUAGCCACCAAGAUACAGCCUGGAGGCACGGUCAAUCAGAUUCUUGAAGAAUUCUAUGGAACAGAAAAGUCCAUUCAACCCAUGUGGCCCUAUAAUAAGAAAGAUUCUGACAGGAAUGAGCAGCUGAGCCAGUGGGAUAGCCCAAUGCGAGUGAAGCUGUCAGUCUGGAAGCCAUAUGUUAGAACCUUGUUGAUAGAACUUCUACCUUGGGCCCUGCUUAUCAAUCAGUCCAAGUGGGACCUCUGGCUGUUUGAAGGAGAGAAGAUUGUUCUACAGGUUCCUGCUGGGAAAAUUAUUAUUCCUCCUAAUUUUCAGGAAGCUUUUCAAAUUGGAAUAUACUGGGCAAAUACAAACACUGUGCACAAGUCAGUAGCAAUUAAACUGGUCCAUAACCUGACAUCUCCAAAGUGGAAAGAUGGAGGUAACGGGGAAGUCGUGACAUUGGAUGAAGAAGCAUUUGUUGAUGCUGAAAUAAGACUUGGUGCUUUCCCAGGGCAUCAGAAGUUAUGUCAGUUCUGCAUCUCCUCCAUGGUACAGCAAGGUAUCCAGAUUAUUCAGAUUGAAGACAAGACUACAAUAAUCAACAAUACCCCAUACCAACUGUUUUAUAAACCUCAGUUAGCUGUCUGCAGUCCCUGUUCUGGAAAGGAGCAUUUCCACGUUCCAGACAGUGCGACUUUUAGCAUUUGCCCAGGUGGAGAGCAGCCUGCACUGAAAUCCAGUUCCCUUCCUUGCUGGGACUUAAUGCCUGACGUCAGCCUGUCGCUGUUGGAUGCUUCGUUGCUUCAGAAACAGAUCUUGCUGGGCUUUUCCCCAGCCGCAGGGGCCGACGGCCCACAGUGCUGGAGCCUGCCAGCCGUGGUUAGACAAGAGUUUCCCAGACAGAGCGUGGCAGUGCCCUUGGGGGAUUUCAGGGAAAAUGGUUUCUGCACCAGGGCUGUAGUGCUGACGUACCAAGAACACUUCGGAGUGACUUACUUAACCCUCUCAGAAGACCCUAGUCCUCGAGUGAUUUUCCACAACAGAUGUCCAGUAACGGUGCUUAUCAAGGAAAAUAGUAAAGAUAUUCCAAAGUUUGAAGUUUAUUGCAAAAAAAUUCCUCCUGAGAGCUCAGUUCAUCACGAGCUGUAUCAUCAGAUUUCCAGUUACCCAGACUGCAAGACCAAAGACUCCCUUCCUAGCCUCCUUUUGAGAGUUGAACUACCAGACAGAAUAAUAACUGAGUGGAGUGAUGCCAUCGACAUCAACAGUCAGGGAAUGCAGGUCGUGUUCUUGACUGGCUUUGGCUCUGUGUAUGUGGACGUUGUGCAUCAGUGUGGAACAGUCUUCAUCACUGUGGCCCCAGAAGGGAAAGCAGGACCUAUGGUAACCACGACCAGCAGGACCCUGGAGAAGAUCGUUACGUUUAAAACGUUCGUCACGCAGCUGAGCCUGGCCGUGUUUGAUGACCUCAGCCACCACAGAGCGUCCGCGGAACUUCUGAGGCUCACGCUGGACAACGUCUUGGUGCGCGCGGGCCCUGGGGCCAGUGCGCUGCCCGGGGAGGAGCCCGCCGCCGCCCUCUUCCAGCUUCACUGUAUAGAGGUCUACUGUGGGGACCUGCAGGUGGACAACCAGCUCUAUAACAAGUCCAACUUCCACUUUGCGGUCUUGGUCUGCCAGGGAGAAAAGCCAGAGCCCACCCAGUGUUCCAAAACACAGAGUCUCCUCGCGUCCGCCACCGACCUGGAGGAGUACAAGGAAAACUGCUUUAUCAAGCUUUUCAUCACCUUAACCGAUGGCAAGAGCUCCUGGCUUGAUAUUAACGAGUUCACCUUUGAAUUGAAGCCCGCCCGGCUGUACGUGGAAGACACGUUUGUGUACUACAUCAAAACCUUGUUCGACUCGUACCUUCCCAGCAGCAAGCCGGGGGCGCCCUGCGGGGCUCAUCAGGAGCUACCGGUGCAGGUGACCCAGCACGCCAGGGCCCUGGUGAAUCCUGUGAAGCUCCGCAGGCUGCUGAUCCAGCCAGUGAGCCUGCUCGUUAGCGUCCACGCCUCCCUCAAGCUGUACAUCGCCUCGGACCACACGCCUCUUGCCUUCUCCAUGUUUGAGCGAGGCCCGGUCUUCACCACCGCACGGCAGCUCGUGCACGCCCUGGCCAUGCACUACGCCGCCGGGGCCCUUUUCCGAGCAGGCUGGGUGGUUGGGUCCCUGGAGAUCCUCGGCAGCCCGGCGAGUCUGGUGCGAAGCAUCGGGAACGGCGUCGCCGACUUCUUCAGGCUUCCGUACGAGGGGCUGACGCGGGGCCCCGGCGCCUUCGUGAGCGGAGUCUCCAGAGGAACGACCUCGUUCGUGAAGCACAUCUCCAAAGGUACCCUCACGUCCAUCACCAAUCUGGCCACCAGCCUGGCCCGGAACAUGGACCGGCUGUCGCUGGACGAGGAGCACUACAACCGGCAGGAGGAGUGGCGGCGGCAGCUCCCCGAGAGCCUGGGCGAGGGGCUGCGGCAGGGCCUGUCCCGGCUGGGCAUCAGCUUACUGGGGGCAAUCGCGGGCAUCGUGGAUCAGCCCAUGCAGAACUUCCAGAGAACGUCGGAGGCCCAGGCCUCGGCGCGACACAAAGCCAAGGGCGUCAUCUCGGGCGUGGGGAAAGGACUCAUGGGGGUGUUCACCAAGCCCAUCGGAGGCGCGGCCGAGCUCGUGUCCCAGACCGGCUAUGGUAUUCUCCACGGAGCUGGGCUUUCUCAGCUUCCCAGACAGCGCUAUCAGCCCGGCGAUCUACGUGCUGACCAGGCCCCAAACAGCCACGUCAAAUACGUCUGGAAAAUGCUGCAGUCUCUGGGCCGCCCAGAAGUCCACAUGGCCCUGGACGUGGUCCUGGUGAGGGGCUCGGGCCAGGAGCACGAAGGGUGCCUGCUGCUGACGUCAGAAGUGCUCUUCGUGGUGAGCGUCAGCGAGGACACCCAGCAGCAGGCCUUCCCCGUCACGGAGAUCGACUGCACGCAGGACAGCAAGCAAAACAACCUGCUCACUGUGCAGCUCAAGCAGCCGAGGGUGGCCUGUGACGUGGAGGUGGAUGGAACGCGGGAGAGACUGUCAGAGCAACAGUACAACAGACUUGUGGACUACAUCACCAAGACAGCUUGUCACCUGGCCCCCAGCAGCUCUUCCGUGCAAACACCUUGCCCCGUGGUGGCUGUGGAGCCUCCCCCCUCUACUGUUAAAACCUACCAUUAUUUGGUGGACCCACAUUUCGCUCAGGUCUUCGUAAGUAAAUUUGUCAUGGUGAAAAAUAAAGCCCUGAGGAAAGGGUUCCCUUGAGACCCCAAAGGUACCGACUCCUGCUUGUGCACUUUAUUUUUGAAAAGCAGAAACCUGGCUACACAGCCAAUGUGAAUACAACAUCAACAUCUUGCUAUCUAGUAGUAACCUUCUCCGUAAAACACAGAAGAUUCUUUAAAAUCCAGUAACCAAAAGUUUGUUUCCCAACUGGAGACAACAGUGUACAGAAUCCCUCAUGUUGCAUUCUAAGUACUAAGUACACACAGAAAGUGCAUUCCCUUCUGCUCCGUAAUGCCGUCUCCAAAGACUUCCACUAUAAUCUGGAUCUGGUCACUCUCUAAAGCAAAAUGUGGUCAGGAGUGAGUGAGGAGAAUCGGAGUUAAAAUGUCAUUCCUAAUUGCAUCUGGUUGGGCACUCAGUGUGCAGAGGUUUCGAUUCUUGUUUAACUUGGUAACUCUAACUUGUAUGUGAUGCUACUCUUGCUAACAGCUGCUAUAUACAUACUCCCUUUGAAGUCUGCAAACUACUAGAAUUUGCAAGUCUGAUAACAAUGCAGGUGCAUUUUGGAAAACAAGUGUUUGUCCAAUUUGUGUUUACUAGACAAGCUCACAAACCUUCUGUGUCUAUCAGUACCCAGGAAGCUUAGUUCCGUGAAAGAAACCAAACCUCCUAGGAACGCCCUGGGCACCGGAGGAGAGUUAAGAACCCCAGUGUUAAUGCUGACAACAGAGGUCCAGAUAGUUCACUCUGCUGAGUUGACUUGAUAAAGCAUAUAAAUAUUCCCAGUGUCUAAGAAUGGGUUUGGCUCAAAUUCCCAGGUCACCAGAAUUCUUCAGUGUUCAGUAAAUAUCUCAUAGUCUAAUGAAAUUAAAACAUGUUUUCAUAAGACAUCUGAACCUGGAACUUACAAUUUUGAAAUGCAAUUUCAAAUGUCCACUGAUCUUUAAUUCUCCCGUGUUGUUGGAUGUAAGAAUUCAUUACAUAACUUCCUGGAAACUACGACUGUAGAGACCAUUCAGGGUGAAUAUGACAAAUGGAUUUAGGGAAGUGACAGUUUUAUCAAUCUCCAGAGUAUUUUUAAGAAUGUAAAUAUGUAUUCUUUUACCUUUUAUGGCAAUUUUGCAUACUGCUUCUAAGAACCAUUAUAUAAAAAUGUUUAAAAUAAAAGGUAUCCUUGAAUCACCACACAUUCUAAACGUCUGCAGUCUCUCACGGAUACGUACGUUUAGUACAGGUCACGUCACUGAGAAGAAUUCUGCACAUGGGCAAGACAGUGGCCGAGUGAGACACUAGCGGUCCUCCCCCACAGAUACACCCACAUUCACGAGGCCGCCUUGACAAGUGCCAGUGCAGCCAGGCGAGAGUGUAAGACACUGAAGGGAGGAAGGAACAAGUUGCCCAUACACCCCCUCCCUAGCUCCAAGGAGAAAGAAAAAUGCUUCUCACUUAGGGGAGGGAGAGCAAAUUAAAUCCAGACUUUGGACUUGAAACCUAGUACCAGGCUUGCUGGGUGAAACGUAAAGCCAGACAGAGCCCCAUGGCC